GACACAACAGUUAUCCGCCGAUUUUCAUUACGCAACCUCUAUCGAAUCGGGAUCGGGACUGAUUCUCUCAACCGGUGGUAGCUGCCACGAAGACGAUCCGAAAAUGGUUUGUUUGGCAUGCUUGUUACCCCUCUUCCUCGUCCCGAUCGUCAACCUUCUCCCUUUACUUUUUGAUUAUAUUAUGGGAAAAGUCUAUGCGAUUUUCGGAUGGGAGUACAGGAAGCCGGAGAGAGCUCCUCCGGCGUGUCCAUAUAAACCUGCGGCCAAUAAGGACACCCCCGGCAAAUUGGUGAUGGAACCUUUACCCGGUGAAGCUUUGAGUUUUCCAAAACCAGUAGGAAGUAUUGAAGUAAUGGAUGGCAAUGGCAAGCAGGAUUGAAGUCUCAUGCGUUGAAUCUCAAGGUCAUAGAUUUUAUUUUACUAAAAGCUUCAGUGAUCAUGAGUUGGAAUUGAAAACCCAUUCCUCGAGAGUGUGCUUGCUUUAAAAUUUCAUAUAAAUCCUUUGAAACUCAAUUUGUAUUAAUUAUUUUUUAUGAGCCAAAACAAAAUUGGUGGGAAACUGUGAAUAUGAAUUCUAAGUCUUCUAACAGUGGGCUUAGCUCUAAUC